GUUAAAAAGGGUGUAGUAAGAGUACAUGUUAAACAGAAUCUAGUCAUGCAAGCUAUAUCUGGUCUUCUACUGGCCCUAGCCAUCAUCAGUGCAGCAGCAGCCAUUAAUGAAGGAAAAUCACCUUCUGUAAUUACUGAAGAGAAGGUUAAUGAUACUCUGGUAAGAUCAGUAUAUCUUCAAAUAUUACGUGGUAGAGAUGGUCGUGAUGGACUACCAGGAAGAGAUGGAGUGAAAGGAGAGAGAGGAGAUAAGGGAGAGAAAGGAGAGAAAGGAGAAAAAGGUGAAACUGGAAUCACUAGUGCUAAAAGUGGAGGAGUAGUGUACACUCGUUGGGGAAGGAAGUCCUGUCCUACUGGAGCUCAACUA